UCCGACUACUCGGACACUACCAUCUCAAAUCUAGCUCCAAAUAUCCGGUUAACUGAAUGUUUAAAAUCGCCCAGCUGCAAUAUGCAGCAAGGAUUAUCAAAUUUAUCAUUUUCUCAUAGAUAUGAUCUUUCUCAUAUUCACGUUAAAGAAGCCUUUAAGCGAAUUCGUUCUGAGCUGCUUAUCAAAGAAAGCUUCGCCGAAAAAGUAUCUAUAGUCCACAAUCUACUAAAGAGUUGGGAUAAUUUGGAUAUACGAGCUGUCUAUCAGGAUAUUAUACAUUUAGUUUUCUCGGAUAUUAGUUUGGACACAAUAUCUGAUAAUGAAGUACCCUCAGCCAAAAGUCUUUUAGAUAUUGAUGGACCGCUACUAACAUUUAUAAAGUGUUUCGCAAUAUCCACUAUACUCAGGCAAAGUUUGGCCUUAAAAGUAUUCUGCAAGAAAAAGACGACUGUCUACUUGCAACAUAUCAAUAUUGGAACUAAUGAGAUCAAAACUGAUCCUCUUAGCUUCUUUUUCCAUCAUUAUUUUUCACUCAUGAUGAAAAUCAGGAAUCAGGUGGCACCAUCUACAAGAGGAAAAUUAUAUCUUGAUCUAUUUAGUUCAUAUUUAGAUUACUUUAUGCCGUUGAACAUAUCAAAUUCAGAAAUAUUCAAAUCUAUCGAACAAGGAAAAUCAAAAUAUAGACUUACGUUUGAAGACAAAGCUGUUUUAGACGACCAGGAAAAGUUACUAAAUCUAAUUAGUGAAAUUGGCAAGAAUUUUCUCGAAAUAUUCAUCUAUGUGUAUUGUUACCGAGAGAUCGUGUAUAAUGACAAUGAACAGGAAAAAGAGCAGGGAAAUCUUUACUUACAGAUUAAUCGCAAUGGGACAAUGGUUGAUUUUAUUUAUAUUGACGAAUAUAUAUUUAUUGGAAAGGAUUUUCGUAUUUACUUAAUGAUUGUUAAAUGGCUACAUCUCUACGUUAAUAAUGCAAAUGCAUUGGAUGUUAGUAGUAGAUUAUCUUUACAAGCUGAUUUUUAUGAAGCACUAACGCCUUCUUUGCAUAAAUCUCUUGAGAAUUGGUCGGAUAUAAUGCACUUGAGAUUGUGUAUGGAAUUAUGGUGGUCCAUUGUUCAACCUUGGCGUUACAUGUCUGAUGAAAAUGGAGCGAGACUUUCAAGACCAUCGGAAAUUGGGUCCGAGUGGAAGAAUUUUAUUCAUUUACAUAUUGGGUUGUACACGAAAACAAUCGAUAUUUUAUUAAGGUCUUUACUCAGCGUAAAUUUAAUGGAUCCUGUUGUUGCUCACGGUUUCUAUAGAGUGGUAGAAGUAUUAAUCGGUUGUAGAAAAUUUAUAGAUGAAUACUUUGAUAAAUUGGAAGAGACAGAAGUUAAAUAUGACGUUAUAAGUAGAGAAAUAAAACCUCUUAUUUAUAAUGAAGACGUCGUUGGAGAACUGUUACAGAAUAUCGUUCAUGCCUAUUGUAACAUUGACAAGCAAAAAAAUCGAUGGAAAGCAUUAAACAUAGUAAAGUUUUAAAUAGACGUAUUCAUUUUUUUUAACAUCCUCCAGCCUUUUUUCUAUUUAUCGUUAUAAUAAUUUGUUUCUCUUUUUAUUUGAAUUUACUAUUCAUUUUCAUUUCCCCGACAGGAAACCUGGUUUUUAAAUGAUUAUAGCCUUGCCGAUAGAUCAACCUUUCUCUCUUGCGAUAUAAUUAGUGGAAAUGAAACCUUUGAUUCAUUUCGUAAAUAUACACUAAUUCAGUAUUGCAAAUACUUUGAUAGAGAAAUACCGAAUAUUUUAUCUGAAGCUGAAAUGGAAGAAGAAAGAAAAAUACCCACUUUUUCACCUCCACUUAGAACUUCUAUCCUUCCUCGUGACAUACAAGAUAUAAAGCCAAAUGAGUUUUAUUGGAUGGUACGCUUCCUCCUAUCAUUAUCAUUCUUUUUAUCUUUCGAACUACGUCCUCUUCUCAACUACCUUCGAUCGGACCGUCAUAUAUUUAAUCCAUUAUGGCGAUUUCUUACACUAGAACCAGUUGGCCUAGAUGUUUUAAAUCACUCGACAAUAAAUCGUGCUAGCGAUUAUCAAAAAUCUGUUCUCAAGAAUGGACCAAGGUUCUCUCUCAGAUUAUGUGCUAACAAGUUUUUUCUAGCCUUUUACUUUCUUGUUUUAUUAGCGUUAUUCUGCUCAAGUUAUAGCUAUUUAACUUUUCUUAUGUAUUUUGGAUGUUUUAAUUUGUUUAUAAUUUUAUUGAUCCUAUUUAUAAGUGCUAAUUACCUUUAACCCGUGUAUUUUACAAGAUUUAAACUAGAACGUUUACUUCUUCCCUUCUUGUUUGUUCUUUGUUUAUGAAUUUGAAAAUUUUAUGGUAUGG